CUCUGCAGCAGCAGCGACUCCUCGGCCGGGCAUGGUCGGCUGCGCUGGGGGCCAAGUGGCGGAAAGGUGAGUCGGUCUCUCCGCCCGCCGCCGGCAAGAUGGUCAGCGCCGUCGCCUCCGAGCUCUCCCUGCUCACCCUCGGUAUUCUAUUAGCCCUGUGCCAUGCCUUGGAGAAUACAACAUUGGCCUUGAGUGGUCCCCCAGUGGCUGCUGCUGUCAGAUCUCAUUUUAACAGCUGUCCAGAUGCUCAUAGUCAGUUCUGCUUCCAUGGUACUUGCAGGUUCUUGGUGCAAGAGGAUAAACCCACUUGCCUUUGUCAUUCUGGGUUCAUGGGAACACGCUGUGAACAUGCAGAUCUCCUUGCAGUGGUAGCUGCUAACCAGAAGAAACAAACCAUAACUGCCUUGGUGGUGGUCUCAGUAGUAGCAUCAGCUGUACUUAUCAUGGUCUGCGUACUGAUACAUUGCUGCAGGAUAAAAAAACGCUGUGAGUGGUGCAGGACUGUAGUCUGCAGGCAUGAAAAGCCCAACGGGCUCCUGAAAGGAGGAACAUCUUGCUGCCACUCUGAGACAGUUGUCUGAUGGGAGACCAGGGUCGUCUGAGAUUCUUAUUGCUAUGUAUAGAUGGGACCACUGUAUAUCCUACAGGACAACUAAGAUAUUCCAGAGAAGAAUGUUUAAUAUGGACAAAACCUUUCUGGGUUUGGAAGGGUAUUGACAAGCAGAUGCCCUACCUCUUUGGCUACUCAUCCGCAUCCUCUGUUUUAUAUGUUGGGCUUCUGGAACUUUGCCAAAGGGAAGUUAUUGUCCUUGUGACUUCAUAGAAUGUCACACGUCAGACUAAAUGGUAUCCAAGUUAUGACGACCAAGGAAUCUCAAAUGACACCCUUAACGAAGAAUAUAAGCCGGUCAUAAGAGAACUGCACAUUGGACAGCUUCAUGUUUACGUAGCCAUAAGAAAUGUGUUUGGACGGGGUGACUUAUACAAGGAAGGAAAUGUUGUACAGG